AUGACCAUCGCGGUCCUGACGGCCUCGACGACCAAAACAAAGCGCCGCGAACCGCUGAGGACAAUCGGUAUGGCGGCUACUCAGGCGCAAUCGCGUGCUGGGGGUGCUGGAAAGGGUGGUGGGGAACAGAAACGCACGCGACUGAGCGCGAGCAAGCAGAAUCUAGAGGAGAUUUCGAAUAAUGAGUCGAAGCGGAAAGCGGGUUACGAUGAGGAUGCGGAUGGAUUUCAGUUUUCGCUAUUACCUUCGAAGAAACCGAAGCCGUCGGUUGAAGUAGCGCCUCGACUUGCUCAUUCGGAUGUGGAAAAUACGACUCCGAAACCAUCGCCGAGGAGGGGACGACCGCCAAAGAAGAGAGUGGAGGAGAACGCGGGUCCAGCAAAGGGGAAAACUGCAGAGCUACCGACAAGGAGGCCAACGAGGGGAUCUUUGCGAGCGCCAGACGCGGAGCCAGAAUCACAUGCCGAACCUGCGACGCGCUCAUCACGGAAUCGGGAUGGUCACGAAGACCAGCCGUUGGAGAGGAAGAAAAAGAGGGGACGCCCGGCGAAGGCAAAGAUGAAUGAAUCAAACGGCUAUCACUCACCGGAGCAACCUCCUGCAGGCAUCAAGGUGGCUCUGCCGACGGCCGAUACGCCGGUUAUCCAGCGCAAUAAGGAGUUUAGAGGAGCGAAAUCGAGCAAGGGUGGACGACGAAGCAGUCUGCAAAUGCGUGGACGAAGAGCCAGUGACUUGAUUGAUUCGGGGACAUCGAAUGGUAGGACAAUCCGCAUGGAAGACGGACAUUUCUUGUUCAACCGACAAGGAAAACGAAAACUGACAUGGUUUCUUCUAGCCUUGCCCCAUCGAGAAGUGAGCACGGCGGACUUUUAUAAACACAUUGCCGAUGAAGGGCUUCCCGAGCCGCGCAGGAUGCGGCAGCUUCUCAUUUGGUGCGCGACUCGUGCGUUGCCUGACAAGCCCUCCGGGUCACACUCCGAGGAGAUCAGUGCACGCUUAGCAGCUCGGGCGAUUCAAGAGGAGAUCUUAAAGGAAUUCUCAUCCAACUCCGACUUAUCCAAUUGGUUCAGUCGUGAGGACGUGAGCCCUCCAACGGUGGUCGUGAAGAAGCCGAAUCCGAGGAACGUGCAGAAUACGGAUAAGAUCAAGGAGUUGGAGGAGCAAAUACAGAAACUCCAAAAAGAGAGGCAUGCUCUGAACGCACUUCUCAAACAGCCUCCGAUCCCGCGCAUCGAUGUUGAAUCACCCAAGAAAUCUCCUAAGAGAUCCCCUCGAUCAAAACGCCAACUCGAGAAAUCCACCCACGACGAAAUCAACACCUCCCUCCUUGACCCCUCACAACAAGCCAUCUACGCCACUCUCAAUCCCCCAUCCUCUUCCGCAGCAUCUCAAUCACAAUCACGAGGAGACGCUGCUUCCUCAACACAACCACCCCUACCACCCUCCACCGUCUCAGCCCGUCUCUCCCGAAUCACAACAGGUCUUGCACCAACACUCGAUGCCUUGGCUGCAGGAGUCCACGACAUCGAACUAUACCGCUCCACGGCAGACGCCGUUUCUUCGCGGAUACUGCAUAUCUGUGCGGAACGCCUUGAAGAGCGCGACGCGCAGAAUACACAGCAACGACUCGCCAUUGAAGGGGAUGACAGCGAUCCGCGCACACCGAGAGUAUCACGAUCCCGACCACGGGAGGAUCUGGGCCUUAUACUCGGAGCACUUAGUCGUGUUGAGAGGCGAUAA